AAACCCAGUUCCCUAGCCUUCUCUCUCUUCACCGUUCUUGUUUUCUCCCCAGAACUGCAGAGAGAUGGAGAAUGUGUAUUCAUGGGUUCGUAGAAGUCUUUCAACACCCAUAAAGAUCAAAUCUUUUUCCAAAAAUGAAAGUUCCCAUCAAUCAAUUGUUCAAGAUAAUGGUGAAAAUUACGGAGUUAAUGAUGAUUUGAUUAAUCUUAUCAGCUCCUUCAGUCUUGAUACUUUCAGAAAUUACCCACUUCAAGAUGAAGAGGGAGGAGCUAAUUGUGGUGAUGAUGCAACUUCAAAAUCUUCCGGAAUACGCAAUGAUUUGUCUGAAUGGCAACAGCAGCAUGCUAUUCUUGUCCUCUCCAAAUCCAAGGAACUGUCACAACUUAGAUUCAAGCUGUGUCCACGCUACUUGAAAGAGCGAGACUUCUGGAGAAUAUACUUUACGCUUGCUAAGAACAUUUUGGCCGAAUAUGAGCUUCGCGCUGUAAGACUACACAAGCUUAAUCAAAUGAAACUAGAGACACAGAAUGGUUCAGAUACUAGUGCUUAUGAAGUCGAAAUGUCAGAAACAAAACUAGGAACAACGUAAAUUCUGACUCCUUGUAACAGAAGUUUAGAACCCUUCAUAUUACGGUGGAUGGCUUGACAUCACCAGUGCAAAAGAAAUGUGCAAAAGAAUUCAGAAUUGGGUACAUGCAACUGUGAAUGGAUACAUCACAACGAUAGAAGAUUAAAAAUUCUGUGAAUCUCCAAGUACCCGGAGAAGAUCAUUUUUCACACAUUUCCGGGUUCACCUGUAUGGAACCUAAAUUGUUGUACUUUAGCCACUUGAUCCCACUUUAUCAUGCUCUGGUUCUCACAUGUUAUCUUUUCACAUUGUGUGACAUCUAUAGCAACUGUUAUAAAUACACAAUGUAUAAUGUUUGUCAUUAUGGUUCUCGUUGUUCUUUAA